UUGGUGCUUUUAAGUAAUAUACAGCCAGUUGUAGGGUCUAGUUCUGAAAUAAUCAAUAGAAUUCAAUCAGUUCAUACUAAAUUUCAACAAGAAGGUCCAACAAUUGAUGUUUUGAAUACUAUAGACUUAUUAGUUAAAGACUUGGAUGAAGAUGAUCACAAUACUUAUAAGGACCAACUAGCUCAAGUAUACUUCAAGAAGAGUUUGAUUGAAAUCAGCUUAAAUAAAAUCAAGUCUGCAAUAGAUGAUCUAAUCAAAGUUCUUGAAAUAGAUCCGUUAAUGAAGCCUGCUCAAAACAAAUUGAUCGAUUUGUUAGUUGAACAGGCUGAAUUUGAAACAAUUCAAAAAUACUUGGAUUCAAAGGAUGAAAAACAUCAAAAAAUAGAUCAAGAUAUAAAAGAAUGGGGGAAAUCAUUGGCAAAAGUUGAAUCUUUAGUCACUUCCAAAAAAUUGAAAGACAAAGAAGUCGAAGAAUGUUUGAAUACUUUGGAUGAUGUUUUAAUUCCCUUUACUCCUUCAAAUCCAUUACUUUACCAAUAUCGUCUUGUAUGCUUGAAAAAAUCAAGUCUGAAUCUGGAUAACUUUAAACCAAUAAUUAAGACUUUAGAUAAGUUAAUCAAGUUACAGCCAAUGAAAGAUUUAGAUAACUAUAGUGAUAUUUCCCAAUUAUUACUAUUUACUCAAACCAACUUUGGUCAAAGUUGGCAUUUUGUUAAAAACUGUUUAAGAAUUAAUAACGACUUCAAAAAAUGUGGCUCCUUAUCCAAGAUGUUUGUCAAAUUUCAAAACUUUCUUAAGCUUUUAGAAGAUUAUUCAAUUUGGCAAGGUCAUGUCUACUUGAUAAGCGAAGAAUCAUCAAAUAAAAUAGAGGAUAUUGAAAUUGACUGGGAGUUUGCUAAUAAGUUCUUAUUUGAAAAUUCAUUACAAGUAUCUAAAUUGGAAAUGAAAAAUCUACCCCGUAAAGUUAAAUCUAAUUACGAUUAUCUUAUGCAUAAAGCAGAUGAGUUUUCUAAAGAGUUUUCGACUGAUGCUACUAAAUUAAGUUUCACUCAAGAUUUAAAUAAGUUUGCGUGUGAAUCCUUCAUUCAGUUGAAAGAUUAUAAAAACGCAAAUCAAUUUUGCAAAUCAAGCGUUAAUGAUGAUAUAAAUGAAAACCCAUUCUUCCCUAAACAUGUACCAAAAAUUGAUAAAUUACUAAAAGAAAAAAAUUAUCAAGAGGCUGCAAAUUUGUUGAAUAAGUUUAACAAAAAUGUGAAAGGAACUCAAUUAUUCCUUGAUCGUCUGAAAAUCAUAGAAGCUUAUGAUAAGAAACGUCAGCAACAACAGCAUUUCCGUCAGCAGCAGCAACAACAACAACGUCAACGUCAAUAUCAACAGCAGCAACAACAACAACAACAAAGACAAAAGCCUGCUAACGAUUACUACAAAAUUCUUGAUAUUGCAAGAGAUGCCGAUGAAAAAACAAUUAAGAAAGCUCAUCGUACUCAAACGUUGAAAUACCAUCCAGAUAAAUACAAAGGAAAUGACUUAACUCCUGAACAAAUCGAACAUAAAAUGCAAGAAAUUAACAAAGCUUACGAAGUAUUAUCCAAUAAAGAAUUGAGAGAACGUUAUGACCAAGGUGACGAUCCAAAUGAUCCAAUGGGUGGACAGAGGCAACAGCAGCAUCACAAUCCAUUCGGAGGUGGUGGAGGAGGCUUCCAAUUCAACAGUGAUUUCAUGAGACAAUUCAUGAAACAAGGCAACGGAGGAAGCUUCCAUUUUGGUGGUUUUGGAGGCCAACGUCAA